AUGACUACUUUGAGAUUAGUGUUAGCAGUUGCAGCAGCUAAGAAGUGGCACUUGAAACAACAUGACGUCAAUACGGCAUUCUUACAUGGCGAUCUAAAUGAAGAUGUUUACAUGAAAAUCCCUCCGUGCUUGGAUGAACAGCAAGGGAUGGUGUGCAAGUUACAGAAAUCUCUUUAUGGCUUGCGACAAGCAAGUAGACAAUGGAAUUUGAAGUUGACAGCCACACUUAUUACCUUGGGAUACAAGAAGUCCGUUUCAGAUCACUCUCUUUUUACCAAAAUUACAGCUUCAGGGAUCACCAUUAUCCUUGUCUAUGUCGAUGAUUUAGUGCUCACGGGGGAUGACAUUUCGGAGAUUAAUCGAAUUAAAGGAAUUCUUCAUGACAAGUUCAAAAUCAAGGACAUUGGUGACUUGAAGUUUUUCUUAGGCAUGGAAGUUGCACGUUCAGCCAAAGGUAUUCAUCUUUGUCAGCGAAAAUAUGCCUUGGACAUUCUUGAAGAUUUUGGUUUCUUGGAUUGCAAACCUGUCAGUACCCCCAUGGACUACCAUGCGAAACUAUCUUCCGAAAAUGGCACUUUGCUCUCCGAUUUCACCAAUUACCGGCAACUAGUUGGUCGCCUUAUGUAUCUAGCCAACACACGUCCGGACAUCUCUUAUGUGAUGGGUAGAUUGAGUCAAUUCAUUGACUGCCCAACUACUGCUCACCUCGAGGCAGCUUUUAGGGUCUUGAGGUAUCUCAAGGGUUGUCCCACACUUGGCCUUUUCUUUCCUUCUGAUUCUGACUUUUUAGUAACUGGUUUCUCCGAUUCUGAUUGGGCUGCUUGUGUAGAUACACGACGUUCAAUCACUGGUUACUGUUUUUAUAUUGGGUCAGCAUUGAUUAGUUGGAAGAGCAAGAAACAAUCAACCGCCUCCAGGUCUUCAUCUGAAACUGAAUAUCAUGCAUUAGCAAAUGCUACUUGCGGGCCUAAUGGCUUUCUUUCAUUUUCCAAGACAUUGGCAUGCCACUUACGACUCCGAUUACCAUUUUUUGUGACAACAGAUCUGCAAUUCACAUUGCCGCCAAUCCCAUCUUCCAUGAGCGUACUACGCACAUUGAAGUUGACUGCCACAUUACUCGUGAGAAGCUACAAAGCGGCUUGA